UUUCGUCGAUAUAUAUUCCUUCUGACGAAGUUAAAAUUGAAAUCAAAAACAAAGUUAUAAAGACAUUCCCAAACGUAGAUAAAUUUUCAAUUGACCAGCUUGUUUAUGCGCUCCCCUUGAUCUGGGACAUUAAGAUAGAGAAAAGUGACUCUCCAGGCCCACAAAAUGACCUGUAUGUUAAACUGAAGGUGGAGUCCUCUUUUUUCAAAGCACGAUUACCCCGAGUGAAUUAUCAUAAUCCCUUUUAUAAUGAUCCGCAAUUUAAAGAAGCAGUUUCUUUUGUGAAAGAAAAGAUCGAAAAUAAUAUUGGAGACUUAAUCGUGCUUGCCAAAGUUUCGGGUGGUGAAAAAACAACGACAAUGUUUGGAAUAGCUAUACAACGUUGGUCAAUAUAUAUUGAUUUUUUUCCUAGUGCAGGAACGUAUGGCAACCAUGUAGGGAAAGAACUUGGAAUAAUCAAACAUAAACAACCAAAGUUUGAACAGCAUGAUCAGCAAAGUCAUGUAUUUCAUAUGUUGAACUGGGUAAUACUCUCAUAUGGAAUUUUACUUAUAAAGAUGCUCAUCAAGAAAAAUAUUUCGACGCCAAAAGAAUGGUUGUUUGCACAGCUUCGAAUGAACGACUCUAAGAUCCGAAUGAAAUUGGCUCAUGAAAAUUAUAAUGUUUUUAAAGUUGAUGUACUUAUUGAAAGUAUCAAUGCUUGUCUCAAUAUAGAGUCUCUAACCUUAAUAUUUGAUGAGGCGCAAGUCCUAUGUAGAUCUGAAUAUGGUGAAUACAUAGGGAGCUCAGUUCUAAACAAAAAAUGGAAUCUCUUGCAGGCUUAUAUUGAACAUCUUACCCAUCUUCCCGUUACCUGUCUUCUUGCUGGUUUGAAGGACCAUAUUGUGCUAAAGCUUCUCUUCCUUUCACAUAAUGAUGUCCUGCGGAAUCUCAAUGCUGUAAUUGACCUAACAGAUGUUUCACCCAAAAUUCUUAACUUCUUGGGUUAUUUUUUCAAGGAACGACCUUGGAAUUGUACAUCAUUUGUUGGGCUGUUGAUAUCAAAGCAGAUUUUAGUUAAUAGAACGAAAGAUCAAAAAAACCAAGAAAUUAUUGAACUUCUUGAGAAGUGGUAUAAAAUGAUUCGAAUGGACAUGGCAGAAUAUUUGGAAAAUACGUAUAAAUAUUUGGAUGCUAAUAAUCUCAAUCCAAAUAGAGCAAUUAUAGAUAUUCUUAGGCUUCGUGUUUUUUACAAUCAAAAGUACGAAUCAGCCAUAAAGCUUCUUCACCACAGCAUCAUUCCUUGCAAGUCAUCAGAAUGUAUUACUCUUAGAUCUAGUGAACAUACUCCUGAUAUAAUUGAAAUCAACACAUCACUUGAAUUUUACCUCAUCUUUAGCAUAGAACUUUUUCUUAAAAACACAAGAAGAAAAACUUUGGUAGAAGUUUUUAUUGAUGAAAUUAUCAGGCUCGAUGGAAUUCCAUCAAUUGGUAAUGAAUUCGAUUCAAUCUUUAUUACAGCAAUCAUUCAAAAACGUGAGCUUAAUGUGCGAGAGAAACUUAACAGGUGGAAAAAUGAUCAACAAUUUGAUCUUCCUUCAUGGAUCACUUCCACGAUGAAAUUUGUAACAAUUUCAAAUCUAUCAAGAGCAAUCCCUAUAGCCAAAUAUGUUGAAGAUAAAAUCUAUUAUUAUUAUGCAAUCCAACCAGACACCUAUACAGGGUCGGACUUGGUAAUUUCUCUUGUGAAUGAUAAGCAAAAUGUAGUACUGUUAUCAGCAAGCUGUACAGUUUCCGGAAGUCCUAUUGAGCGAGACAAGGUUAAAAGGCAGUUAAUAAAGUCAUGUUUGAAAUUUCAGUAUAUGAAAUACCCAAGGAGAAAAAAUUCUGAAACUGUGGAAUUUUCUCCUUGGAAAAAAAGAACACGUCUCCAAACAGGUCUUGGUGUAAUUCCCGAUGAUACCACAGCCAAUGAUAAUGACUCAGAAAAGGAUGAGGCUGACUUAGAAGAGGAGGAAUAUGGACAAGAUUUAAACUUUGAUGAUGUAGAUUAUAAUUUGAAUUAUACUAAAAAUGUCAAGAAAUACCAGAUAUCUAAGGUUUCUGAGCGUGCAAAGAAUAAUGAAAAAAUCAAAACCUCAACUGAGAAUCAAAAACAUAUUUAUGUUUCAGUGGAACUUCCUCAUAGACGUAGUAAAAGACCAGAAUUGUUUCGGUUCAAUGAAUAUGGGGAUCUUGUAAUUAUUGUUGAUGAUCGUAAUAUGGAGCAUGUUUUUGGACCGUCCAUUAAGGAGCUAGUGGAUAGUCUUAGGUUUGUAUCUUUACACAAUAAGUUGGUAAUAAAUGCAUUAUAA